AUGGCUACCGACAAUGGUUUGGUCUAUGAAGAUGUUCUUGGUCUUUUUCCUGUCGGAAUGCAUGUUCUUGCCGUUGAUGAUAAUCAUGUUUGUCUGAAUAUGUUGGAGACUAUGCUUCUGAAAUGCCACUAUAAAGUUACUACGACUACGGAGUCCGUGAAAGCAUUGGAAAUGUUGCGGAAAAAUAAAGAUAUGUUUGAUUUGGUUAUUUGUGACGUUAACAUGCCGGAGAUGGAUGGUUUCAAGCUUCUGAAGCAAGUUGGAGAACUUGGGAGGGAUCUACCUUUUAUCAUGUUGUCGGGGCACGGUGAUACGGAAAGCGUGAUGAAAGGUGUGAUGAACGGUGCGAGUGAUUAUAUAUUGAAACCGAUACGAAUGGAAGAGGUGAAGACGAUUUGGCAACAUGUUGUGAGAAAGAAGAUUGAUGGAAAAUAUCAGAAAAAGGUUUCUGGUGCUAAUGAGGAGAAAAAGGUUUCUGGUGACAGUAAUGAGGAGAAAAUCGGCAAUGUUGCUAGGGUUUGUAGUCCUUAUACUACAUCUCAUCAAAAUGCUGCUGUCAAUGAUCAAAUUCUAGGGCAAAAAAGAAAAGAACGAAGCGAUUCAGAAGAAGAUAAUGAUACGGACGAUUCUACUGAGAAGAAGCCUCGUUUCGUUUGGGAUACUGAGUUGCAUAAUAAAUUUGUUGUUGCAGUGAAUCAACUUGGUUUUGACAAGGCUUAUCCUAAGAAAAUCCUCGAGUUGAUGAAUGUCCAAGGGCUUACAAGAGAGAAUGUAGCUAGUCAUUUGCAGAAAUUCAGAUUGAGCCUCAAAAGAUCAGAUAAACAGCCUAGAACUGAUGCUAUAUUUGAUUCUACUAGCCCUUAUCUGCCAAUGGGUUCAGUAGGCGGAAGAAGGUUCAUAAACAGCACAUUACCAUCAUAUGGAUCCGGUCAGUUAGUUUGUCCGCUAAACACUCCACCUGCAUUGAACUUCAGAAGGACUAGUUAUGCAUCAGUGCCUCCGUUUCAGUCCAGGAACAACACUAACAGUUUCCAAAUGCCAAUGGUUUCUGCAAAUGAAUCAGUGCCUCCGUUUCAGUCACGGAACAACACUAACGGUUUCCAAAUGCCAGUGGUUUCUGCAAAUGAAUCAGUGCCUCCGUUUCAGUCACGGAACAACACUAACGGUUUCCAAAUGCCAAUGGUUUCUGCAAAUGAAAGGUCCUGUUUCUUACCGGACUUUCGAACAUCAAUAGGGACGAAUCAAUUUCAGCAAAAUGAUUAUCGAACUGGUUAUACGAAGUUAAGCUCAAUUCAGGAUCCAAAGGCUUUUACACCUUCUUCAAGCUACCAAGGCUUUAAAGUUGCAGCUAAUAAUAAUGCAAAUAGCAGUUUCGUUUCUUGCAUCCCAAGCAUUCAUCAUCCAUUAACACAUAACGUAAAUAGCAGUUCCUUUUCUUGCAUCCCAAGCAAUCAACCAUUGACACAUAAUUUAGAACCACUUACAAAAGAUUCUUUAGUUGGAAGUGCAGUUUUGAAAACACAAUCUUCUAACAACAUUUUCGAUCCGGUUGUUGCAAAAACACAAUCUCCGAACAAUACUUUGGAUUCGGUUGGAGUUGCAGAUAUGAAAAGAGGAUCACAGUCUAUGAUCAAUCCUUUGGGUUCAGUGAAAACACAGUCUUUGGAUUCUGCGGUGUCUCUAGCCAAAUCUGAUACUCAACUAAUCACCCAGAUGCCAGAAACCGAGAAAUUCUAUACAGAUCCAGAAGCUAUGAAUUCAAAUGAUGAUUGCUUCUAUAAUCAAAUGUUGUCUCUACAACCAGGAUUCUUCGAUAAUAGUUGCGUGUCGUUGAACGACAUAUAUUUAAGUUAA